UUUUUCGUUGUUUGUAAAAAUUUUAAGGCAAAAUUUACGCUAUAGCUAACAAAACUAAAAAUUAGUAUCCAAAAUAAAAAAAUAUAUAUUUUUGACACGCCUAAAAUUUAAAUAAAAUAAUCUUUGGUUUUAAAUAUUUCUUAAUACAUAAAGGACGCAUUAUAAAAGCAGCUGCAGCCAUGUCUGGUAAUAAUAGUGCUAGUACAAAACUUCCUAAAUUUGCUGCCAAUACUCAACCCUUUACUGUAUUGAUUGAGGGCAAUAUUGGCAGCGGUAAGACCACUUUUCUUAAUCAUUUUCAACAAUUCCAAGACAAGGUCUGUUUAAUCACAGAACCUGUGGAAAAAUGGCGUAAUGUUAGAGGUGUCAACUUAUUGGAAUUGAUGUAUAAGGAACCAGAACGUUGGGCCAUGCCAUUCCAAUCAUAUGUUACACUGACCAUGCUACAAAGCCAUACAUUGCAGACCGAUAAACCUGUUAAACUAAUGGAACGUUCAAUAUACAGUUCAAAGCACUGUUUUGUUGAGAAUAUGUUUAGAAAUGAAAUCAUAGAUGCCGGAAUGUAUCAUGUAUUACAAGAAUGGUAUAAAUUCAUUGAAGAUUCCAUACAUAUACGAGCCGAUUUGAUAGUUUACCUGCGUACUUCGCCUGAAGUGGUCUAUGAGCGUAUGCGUAAACGUGCCCGUUCCGAGGAAAGUUGUGUGCCUUUGAAGUAUUUAGAGGAGUUGCAUAAAUUACAUGAGGAAUGGUUAAUAAAUAACCGUGGCUAUAAUAAAAAUGUUGUCGUUUUAAAUGCAGAUUUAGAUUUGGAACACAUUGGAUCUGAAUAUAAACGCUACGAGAAUCAUAUAAUAAAUCCCAUGUUCAGCCAACAACCUCAGGCGGUUUUAGUAUCACCUAGUAAACGACCGCAUAUGGAAUAGUUUGGAUUGAUUCCAAUUUUGUUUUAGCAAAUUUACAUUAUAUACCUUAUAUCAUCACUAUUUACUAUUAUCCAAUAUUUUGGUUACUUUAUAUUCAAUACCUAACUAUUUUAAUUUUAUCAAUUUGUUUUUGUGCAAUGACUAUGUUGAUCAUUUGCGACAAGAGAGGAUCAUAACUCAAUAUUUUGCAUUUUUUGAACUGAGUACUACAGAACAUUCCGCUCGUUAAAUUAUUUUAGAGAAAUUCACAUAAAUAUUUUUUUUAUCAAACACGCGAUUUUAAUAACAAUUAAUUAAAUAAUAAUAGAAUGACUUAUAACAUUUAAAACAAUUUUACUUGGAACUGUGUUUUUGAGUUAUUAUCUUCUUGUCGCAAAUGAGCUAUGUAUUUUAAUGAUACCAAAAUUCAGUAACUUGAAAAUAUUUAUAUAAAUGAAUUUUUAAUCUUAACGAAAUGUUUGUUUUACGUAAAUUUUCUAUGGAAUUUUUGUUUUUAAACCUUUAAAUCCUUAAAAUUGUAAUUAAUAUUAAGCUAGUUUUAUAAGAAAUAAAAAACGACAAGUUAUUCAUAA